AUGGGAGUCAUCGGAGAACCAUUCAUACUGGAGAAGGAAGCCUAUGAAGUCAAGGAAAAUACCGAUCCAUUUAUUUUGGAAAUGAUACCUUUCGAAUGUGAGCCUUCAGAGCUGGUGGUACUUGAAUUGCCUGAGCAACCUCCUAUUCUUAAUCUACAAGAGGUCCCGUGGAAUUAUAGCGAGCCCACGCUAUUAAUUGGAGGAGAAAAGGUGUCCAGAAAGGAAGUGGACGCCAUUACUAGAUCUGGAAGAAUCAUAGGGGAACCCGCAGUUGAUGAGCCCUCAAAAGCGAAAGAAAAUGCUGUUCCAACAAGACCAACUGUGACUGAUGAAGAGGCCUUCAAUUUCCUUAAGAUGCUGAAGAAAAUCGAACAUGUUUUGGCUUCAAAUCAAAUUUCUUUUUCUGAUGAAGAUUUGACUUCGGAUGGGAUUGGACACAAUAAAGCAUUGUAUAUCUCAGUCCGUUGUAAUGGGAAGUUAUUGCCAAGGGUCUUGAUAGACAAUGGAUCUACUCUUAAUAACUGUCCUUGGAACACUUUGGUUAAGUUGGGAUUUCAGGAAGCUAAACUUCGGCCAUCUGCCAUUGUGGUGAGAGGAUUUGAUGGCGCAAAAAGGGAAUCAAUGGGGGAAGUGGAUUUGGUGCGGGAAAUCGGACCUGCCCAGUUUCAAGUUAUGUGCCAAGUCAUGGACUUCUCAAGUGUUUAUAAUGUUCUUCUCGGACGGCCUUGGAUUCAUACUUCAGGCGCUAUACCUUCUUCACUCCAUCAAAUGUUGAGAUUUGUGGUGAAUGGCCAGUUGAUUAUGAUAUUUGCUGAGGAAGACUGCACUAUGAUCAUCAAUCCUGCAUCGGAAGAUUAUGGCGAUAGAAAAGCUCUGGUUUCCUCUCACCUUGUAGCUGACAUUGUUUCUGUGGGUAGGGCAUCCAAGGACAAGGCGGUAGUGGAAAUGAAUUUACCUGAAGCCAGCGUUAUGAUGGCCAAAGAGCUGAUUCGAGGAGGUUAUGAAAUAGGUAAGGGUCUUGGGCGCAACCUACAAGGGGUCUUGGAGCCAAUAGAACUUCAAGGAAAGAAGAACACCUCUGGAUUAGGUUUUCAACCUACUGUCAGAGAUAAGAAAGAAAUGUCGGAUCGCAAAAGGGCGGAGAAGGAAGGGAAGCAACUUAUCAUGAGCAUCCCACUGUUGUACUGUACUUUUCCUUACCCAUCAGAGGUGAUUAGAUCUGAGGUAGACCCGAUCGAGGAAGUGGAGGUUGGAUUAUCUGAGCUAUUUGUGGGGGUUAUUUCUGAAGGGGACCCGUUGGAGGACCCAGGAUUUCCAGAGGUGCCUAUUGAAGCAAUGAAGAACUGGACCAAAUUUGAUGAUUGUGGUCUCGAUAUCCCACACGAAUUUGAAAUUUUGGAAUCCGAAAUUCGAGAUGAGAGCGAUAACGAGGAAGGAUCUGAGUCUUUAUUAAAGGAUCUUGAACAAUAUGAGGAGAAAUCCAAACCGAACUUAGAAGAUACAGAGGUUGUUAAUAUUGGCACUGAGACUGAGGUUAAGGAGAUAAAAAUUAGCAUUCAUUUGAAUAAGAAACAGAGAAAAGAAAUGAUUGAGUUUUUUACCAUGUUUCAAGAUGUGUUUGCCUGGUCCUAUAAUGACAUGCCUGGAAUUUCAACAGAUAUAGUGGUCCAUCGAUUGCCAACCGAUCCGAAUUUUCCACCAGUAAAACAAAAACCUCGCAAGUUUAAGCCAGACAUGAGGCUCAAAAUUAAGGAGCAAAUCGAGAAGCAGCUCAAUGCUAGAAUCAUUAUGGUGUCUCAUUAUCCCAUUUGGCUUUCAAACCCUGUACCUGUUCCAAAGAAAAGUGGAGAAGUACGAGUCUGUGUCAAUUAUAGGGAUCUUAAUAAAGCCAGCCCGAAAGAUGAUUUUCCGUUGUCGAACAUUCAUAUUCUUCUGGACAAUACCGUAGGACAUGAAAUCGAAUCUUUUGCUGAUUGCUUUGCCGGAUAUCACCAGAUUUUAAUGGCAGAGGAAGAUAGGGAGAAAAUAGGGAGAAAACUGUUUUUAUCACGCCAUGGGGGACUUUUUGCUACCGAGUAA